AUGCCUGCACCCCGUGGCUUAACCCAGCAUUCAGCAGUCCCAUCAUGCAAGACUCUCCUCGACCAAUCUCCCCCUCCCUCCACGGGUAUUUAUUGGAUUGAUCCUGAUGGUGUGUCUCAGUCCAACGCUUUCAAGGUUUAUUGUGACAUGGAGACCAGUGGUGGAGGUUGGACUCUAGUAUGGAGUUAUUCCUUCACUAAUUACAGUCACUUUAAUGAUAGUUCAAAUGCGAUCUCACCAAGACCAAACUGGGAUGUUUGGCUUGAUGGGUAUAUGCAUGUUCCUAUCUCCACAACUCCUCCAUCAAAUGAAACAGACUGCAACGCUGUGAACUUCUCACUCUGGAAAAAAUUCGGCAGACAGAUCCUCAUCAAGAGCAACAUAAACAACUGGCUAAUGUGUCAUCCGGGAAAUGGCAGCUUGGUGGAUUGGCAGUACGGUGACAUCAACUGCACGAUCAUUAAACACGUGACCAACACGUGCAAAGAUACACCAGCUCCUUCCUUUUUUGGCAGUGGAUUAGGCUCUGGACCAAUGUUCUUUAUCCACGCGUACGGCCUUUAUUAUUAUUUCGAUACUCUCACGGAGUAUGACUGGCCUGUCCAUGAUCCAUGUGGACAACACGCGCCCAACCAGUUGAAUGGCGUCGCCGAGCCUCAUGGGAACAUUUUCAUCCGUUAG